GAAGAGGUGGUGUGGAUCGGCCUGUAUAGAGAGUGGAGGUGGUCUGACCAGAGUGGCUCAACCUUCAGAAACUGGAUGGCACGCGAGCCAAACGGGGCAAAUGAGGGAGGAAAGGACUGUGUGGAAGUUAAGUUCCCAUCUGGAGAGUGGAAUGAUCACCUCUGUGUCACCAAACGUCCUUUUAUCUGCUAUGAUGAUAAGCUGGUUCUGGUCUCAGAGAACAAGACGUGGUCAGAAGCCCUGAGGUACUGCAGAGACCGGGGCAUGGAGCUGGUGUCUGUCCACAACCACAGCAUCCAGGACUGGGUCCGACAGAGAGCCAAGAUGGCCUCCAGUCCCUUCGUCUGGCUGGGCCUGAGGUACACCUGCACUCUGGACUUCUGGUUCUGGGUCAAUGGAGAAGAGUCCUGCUACCACAACUGGGCCCACGGGGAGGGCUACAACACCAGCAAGGAGCAGUCUGGGAACACGGGGGCCAUAGAGAGAGACGGGGGGAAGUGGGUCGGCCUGCCUGAGACUGACAAAUUCAACUUCAUCUGCAGCAAGAGUGAUGAUUACUAAAACCAGACCCUGAUCUCUGGACCAGCUGAACCCUACAGCCCAGCACAUUGUUCCUGAUAUCAGGACCAGCUGAAUCCUACAGCCCAACACAUUGUUCCAGACCCUGAUAUCUGGACCAGCUGAACCCUACAGCCCAACACAUUGUUCCUGAUCUCUGGACCAGCUGAACCCAACAGCCCAACACAUUGUUCCUGAUAUCAGGACCAGCUGAAUCCUACAGCCCAACACAUUGUUCCAGACCCUGAUAUCUGGACCAGCUGAAUCCUACAGCCCAACACAUUGUUCCAGACCCUGAUAUCUGGACCAGCUGAAUCCUACAGCCCAACACAUUGUUCCUGAUCUCUGGACCAGCUGAACCCAACAGCACAACACAUUGUUCCAGACCCUGAUAUCUGGCCCAGCUGAAUCCUACAGCCCAACACAUUGUUCCUGAUCUCUGGACCAGCUGAACCCAACAGCCCAACACAUUGUUCCAGACCCUGAUAUCGGGACCAGCUGAAUCCUACAGCCCAACACAUUGUUCCAGACCCUGAUAUCUGGACCAGCUGAACCCUACAGCCCAACACAUUGUUCCAGACAUAUUCAGAUUUACAUUGCAUAAGGUGAUGGAUAAUCAAUCUUUUUAUAUAAUUAAUCAUUUAAAUUAUUUUAAUAUUUUUUUAUAUUUGUAUAUUCUCUUAUUGAAUUGGAUUCAUAUCAUACUAUUUUUAUUUUCUUAUGGACGUAUUACUGUUCAUCUUAUUACCCAUAUCAUUACCGGUUAUUUUAUUACCCAUAUUAUUACUGGUUAUCGUAUUACCCAUAUCAUUACUGGGUAUCUUAUUGCCCAUAUCACAUUACUGGUUAUCUUAUUGCCCAUAUCAUUACUGUUCAUCUUAUUACCCAUAUCAUUACUGGUCAUCUUAUUACCCAUAUCUAAUUACCCAUAUCAUUACUGGUCAUCUUAUUACCCAUAUCUAAUUACCCAUAUCAUUACUGGUCAUCUUAUUACCCAUUUCAUUACUGGUAUCUUAUUACCCAUAUUAUUACUGGUUAUCGUAUUACCCAUAUCAUUACUGGUUAUCUUAUUGCCCAUCAUUACUGGUUAUCUUAUUACCCAUAUCAUUACUGGUUAUCUUAUUACCCAUAUUAUUACUGGUUAUCGUAUUACCCAUAUCAUUACUGGGUAUCUUAUUGCCCAUAUCACAUUACUGGUUAUCUUAUUGCCCAUAUCAUUACUGUUUAUCCCAUUACCCAUAUCAUUACUGGUUAUCUUAUUACCCAUAUCAUUACUGUUUAUUGUAUAACCCAUAUCAUUACUGGUUAUCUUAUUACCCAUGGUUAUCUUAUUAUCCAUAUCUAAUUACCCAUAUCUUAUUAUCCAUGUCAUUACUGGUUAUCUUAUUACCCCACAUCAUUACUGGUCAUCUUAUUACCCAUAUCAUUACUGUUCAUCUUAUUACCCAUAUCAUUACUGGUUAUCUUAUUACCCAUGGUUAUCUUAUUACCCAUAUCUAAUUACCCAUAUCUUAUUAUCCAUGCCAUUACUGGUUAUCUUAUUACCCCACAUCAUUACUGGUCAUCUUAUUACCCAUAUCAUUACUGUUCAUCUUAUUACCCAUAUCAUUACUGGUUAUCUUAUUACCCAUGGUUAUCUUAUUACCCAUAUCUAAUUACCCAUAUCUUAUUAUCCAUGCCAUUACUGUUCAUCCUAUUACCCAUAUCAUUACUGUUGAUCUUAUUACCCAUAUCAUUACUGGUUAUCUUAUUACCCAUAUCUUAUUACCCAUAUCAUUACUGGUUAUCUUAUUACCCAUAUCUUAUUACCCAUAUCUUAUUACCCAUAUCGUAUUACCCAUAUUAUUACUGGUUAUCUUAUUAACCAUGUCAUUACAUGUUAUCUUAUUACUAAUAUCUUAUUACCCCAUAUCAUUACUGGUCAUCUUAUUACCCAUAUUAUUAAUAGUUAUAUUAUUAACCAUAUCUUAUUACCCAUAUCAUUACUGGUUAUUUUAAUACCUAUUUCAGUACUGGUUAUCUUAAUUUACAUAUCAUUACUGGUCAUCUUAUUACUGGUCAUCUUAUUACUGGUCAUCUUAUCAUCUUAUUGACAUGACAGGGGCAACUGGAACUCAAAAAACAUAUUCUCUAGUUGAAAUGUAUGUUGAUUUGAAAUUAGUAAUAAAUUACAUUAGCUGCAACAUGGACUAAAAUCAUGGACUAAAUAAUUAUCCUAGCUGCAUGGACUAAAAUCAUGGACUAAAUAAUUAUCCUAGCUGCAACAUGGACUAAAAUCAUGGACUAAAUAAUUAUCCUAGCUGCAACAUGGACUAAAAUCAUGGACUAAAUAAUUAUCCUAGCUGCAACAUGGACUAAAAUCAUGGACUAAAUAAUUAUCCUAGCUGCAAAAUGGACUAAAAUCAUGGACUAAAUAAUUAUCCUAGCAACAUGGACUAAAAUCAUGGACUAAAUAAUUAUCCUAGCAACAUGGACUAAAAUCAUGGACUAAAUAAUUAUCCUAGCUGCAGCAUGGACUAAAAUCAUGGACUAAAUAAUUAUCCUAGCUGCAUGGACUAAAAUCAUGGACUAAAUAAUUAUCCUAGCUGCAACAUGGACUAAAAUCAUGGACUAAAUAAUUAUCCUAGCUGCAACAUGGACUAAAAUCAUGGACUAAAUAAAGGUGGUAGAACUUUGGUAUUAAAGUCAGUAUCUUCUAAAACCACUGGUCCAACAUUCAGGAAAUUAAGGGUACAUAGAGACUUAAGGGAACAUAAAGGAGAGGACUGGCCACCCCUCAUAGCCUGGUUCCUCUCUAGAUUUCUUCCUAGGUUCUGGCCUUUCUAGGGAGUUUUUCCUAGCCAACGUGCUUCUACACCUGCAUUGCUUGCUGUUUGGGGUUUUAGGCUGGGUUUCUGUACAGCACUUUGUGACAUCAGCUGAUGUAAGAAGGGCUAUAUAAAUACAUUUGAUUUGAUAAAGCAUUUAGGGAACAUAAAUUAUUAAGGGAACAUACAUCAUUAAGGGAACAUACAUCAUUAAGGGAACAUACAUCAUUAAGGGAACAUACAUCCUGAAGGGAAUAUACAUCAUUAAGGGAACAUACAUCCUUAAGGGAAUAUACAUCAUUAAGGGAACAUACAUCAUUAAGGGAACAUACAUCAUUAAGGGAACAUACAUCAUUAAGGGAACAUACAUCAUUAAGGGAACAUACAUCAUUAAGGGAACAUACAUCAUUAAGGGAACAUACAUCAUUAAGGGAACAUACAUCAUUAAGGGAACAUACAUCAUUAAGGGAACAUACAUCAUUAAGGGAACAUACAUCAUUAAGGGAACAUACAUCAUUAAGGGAACAUACAUCAUUAAGGGAACAUAAAUCCUUAAGGAAACAUACAUUAUUAAGGGAACAUAAAUCCUUAAGGAAACAUAAAUCCUUAAGGGAACAUAAAUCCUUAAGGGAACAUACAUUAUUAAGGGAACAUAAAUCCUUAAGGAAACAUAAAUCCUUAAGGGAACAUAAAUCCUUAAGGGAACAUACAUUAUUAAGGGAACAUAAAUCCUUAAGGGAACAUACAUUAUUAAGGGAACAUAAAUCCUUAAGGGAACAUAAAUCCUUAAGGGAACAUAAAUCCUUAAGGGAACAUACAUUAUUAAGGGAACAUAAAUCCUUAAGGGAACAUACAUUAUUAAGGGAACAUAAAUCCUUAAGGAAACAUAAAUCCUUAAGGAAACAUAAAUCAUCCUGCAGCACUCCCUGGUGGUGUGAUGAUAAAACUGCAAGAAUCUGUGUUUCAAUAAAAACUAUCAAACUA